CUCCCGAGAAAGCACGAAGGCACAGACAGACAAGAUGAAGUUGAUGUUUGCGUUCGUCGUGGUGUUGGCUUCGGUGAUGACGUCAGUGGUGUCGGAGCCUUCCUAUAAGCGUCGGCAACAAUGUCGUCCGCGGGUCCUUUAUUCGUAUGUCACGCAUUACCAGACAGAAUACCAGCAGGUCCCAGUAUUCGAGACCGCGUACGAGACCCAGUAUGUCCCGGUAACAGUUUUCGACACACACUACACAACACUAUACGACACACAGUACGUACCCCAAUACGUCCCUAAGUACGUCGUCGAGACAGCGUAUACAACCCAAGUCCAGUACGUAACCGAGACCAAAGUCCAGUACGAAACCGAAUACGAAACCCAGUACGUGACUUCCAUGGCUUACGUGCCCCGGUACGUGACUGACACUAGGUACCAGACUCAGUACGUCACCGAUGUCCAGUACCAGACCCAGUACACGACCCGGUACACCCCUCAGUACGUAACUUCGGUAGAGGUUCAGUAUCAGACUCAGUACCAGACGCAAGUGGUACCUCAGUAUGUGACAGUGACUUAUACUCAGCAGCCAUACCAGGCACCGUGUGAUCUCACUGCCUAUGGGUAUUAGGGUUGUUCUUUCAUGUUAUUCUGUUCUGUUAUUACUCUCAUUCUUGUUAUUGUCCUUG